AUCCGUACAUAUUUCUGGUUCCAUGCGUAAAUAUUUCUCUCAAAAUAUCAACUUGUUGCAUUGUAUUGUAUUCAACUUGUUCAAAAUUAUUGUUCAUCAAACUCUCGAAUAGUUUGUUUGGCAAACGCUUCACUUUGUCAUUGACACAUUCUUAUUAGCUAAUUGGCAGGACAGAUUACAUUUCAAGAAGACCACAUCCAGCUAGAUCACUCAAUUCAAUUUGUGUGAUUAUUUGGCCAGAAAGUGUACACAUGUCAGGAAGUUGUCAAAUUUCUAACUUUACAAGAUUCACUAGAGAAAUGAGUGACGAGACCCUUCUGUACCCCGCCAUCGAGCCUUUUUUCUCCGGACACCUUAAAGUUUCUGAUCUGCACUCAAUUUACUACGAACAAUGUGGAAAUAAGAAUGGUCUACCAAUCGUCUUUUUACAUGGGGGCCCUGGCGGCGGAUUCUCGCCACGAGACCGGCGAUUCUUCGACCCUAAAGCAUACCAUGCUGUCCUUUUCGAUCAACGUGGGGCCGGAAAGUCGACGCCGGCUUACUGCUUAGAGGAGAACGAUACUUGGAGUUUGGUGGAGGACAUUGAAAAAUUGAGAAAACAUUUAAACACUGAGCGAUGGGUGGUGUUCGGUGGCAGUUGGGGCGCCACCUUGGCCUUGGCGUAUGCUGAAAAACAUGUCGAGCGCGUCUUGGGUCUCGUUCUGCGGGGUGUCUUCACCCUGAGAAAAGAAGAAAUUGACUGGUUUUACCAAAAGGGUGCGUCAUUCAUGUUUCCGGAAGCGUGGGAACAGUAUCUCGAGCCAAUUCCUGUGGUAGAGAGGUCUGACCUGCUUUCAGCAUACCAUAAACGACUCAAUGGAGAAAAUCAGGCAGAGAAAGUACGAUGUGCCAAAGCUUAUACGACAUGGCAAAUGACGACGUCGCAACUUCGUCCAAACCCGGAAACACUUGCCAUGGCAGCAGAUGAGAAGUGGUCGUUAGCACUCGCAAGGAUCGAGUCCCACUACUUGGUCAACGGGGGGUUCAUGCGACCCAAUCAAAUUCUCGAAGACGCCGUGUCCAUUGUGCAAGGCCGGUAUGACGUCAAUUGUCCCCCUACGACUGCAUGGGACCUUUUCAAGAAGAUUCCUACCGCUGAUUUCUUUAUUGUGGAUGAUUGUGGUCAUUCCGCGAGAGAAGUGGGGAUUACGGAGAAGUUGGUAGCAGUUUGUGAUAAAUAUAAGAGUCUGAAAAAGUAAAGUUUUAAAAAAUCGUUAAUUUGAUACUGAAAUUAAAGACAUUUAAAUGUGAAGAUUUGUCAGGUUUGAUUUUGUGAAUAAAAAUGUAAGUGAAUAAAAUCAUUUCAGGAAUCAUGGA